GCGUUGAGCCAGUACUCACAUUGGCACUGCUGAUGUCGAAGUGUUGAAAUCUAUGCUUGGAUCAGUCUAUGAUGCGUAGACGUUGUUCUAUUUGUGAACAUCUCACACUACGGUGAAGACAUCGGACCCGACUCGGGAAGCAACCAAGACACGGUGACGACGGAGAUAGAAGUAGGAGAGUGGAUACGGGGACAACAAAGUGAUGCUAUGGAAGGAGCUCCGAAUCAAGGGAAUAAUGGAGCAGGGAAUGGCAACGGAAACGGCCAAGGUGGGCAGUGGGGUUGGGACGGACCCAACUAGAAUGGGCAGAAUAGACCAAACAGGGGCGGACCUAAUGGCCCUCAUGGGCCUAACGGGCCUAAUGGGAAUUGCAACAACGGCGGGAACGGCGGAUGGAACGGAGGGAAUGGAGGAAGGACCAGUGGAGGAUACGGAAACAAUGGCGGAGGAUGGAGCAGAGGGAGCUGGAAUGGAGGAGGUGGAGGAUACUGGAGAGGGGACAAUAAUAGCAGAUGUUGUAACUGUGGCCAAUUUGGACAUUUCGGCAAGGGAUUGCCAAGCGCAAGAAAAACAAGGCGGAAGAUAUAGGCAACAAACUAGUGAUGGCGCCGAAUCACCAGGCGUUGUUGUCAAGUUGCCAAAGGAGGUAGAAGAAUCGCUAGGAACGAUGACACUGUGGUUCAGGAACAACGUGGAAGAAAAGAAGCAGAAAGAAGAACAGAAGAAGAUGGAAGAGGAAAAAAAAGAGGAAAGAGCUGGAGGUGGAGACAAAGAGAGAGAUACUGAAACAAAUUGAAUUAGAGAAGAAAGCAAAAGGUGAUAAGAAAAGGGCAAACGACUGUGGAAUUUGAAAAGGCUCUUGGCGAUGCAAAACGAGCU